GCCUGUUUAGUUGGAGCGAAAAGCACCUCGUGCGCAGUUGCAUUUGGCGACGCUGUGUCUCGUUUGUGGAGUGGAAUCGGCGAUCCGCAAGCUCAAGGCGCACACGGAAUAUCCGACGGUUUCAAGUUUUCCUGGAAGUUGCGCAGUGACAGAACAUCAUGGGAAUCUGUGGCUGUUUGGCGGUGCCUGGGAAAUGCCUUGUCGUCCUCGGACUUAAACUGUUAUUCCUUGUACCUGCAGGGGUUCCAGCCAGAAGCGGGGAUUCUGUAUUAAAGGACAACAUCACCGUGAGACAGGGGGACAGCGCCGUCUUAAAAUGCAAUGUGGACAGCAAAGUAUCACGAGUGGCGUGGCUCAAUCGCACCACCAUUCUCUUCGCAGGAAGUGAGAAGUGGUCUCUGGACCCUCGCGUCAUCCUGAUGGAGAACACAGCAGUCACAGAGUACAGCAUCGAGAUCCAAAACGUUGACGUCCAUGACGAAGGGCCCUACGUCUGCUCAAUCCUCACAAACAAGAAACCAAAAUCCACAAAAGUGCAUCUCAUCGUUCAAGUACCCGCCAGGAUCACUAACAUAUCGAAGGACAUCGCAGUGAAUGAGGGCAGCAACGUCAAUCUUAUGUGUCUGGCGGUCGGUCGACCUGAGGCCAACAUCAUAUGGAAGCACCAUUCGCCAAGAGGCACUCAUAAAUUUGUGACAGAGGGGGAACAUCUGGUGCUGACAGCCAUCACUAAAGAGCAGUCAGGAUCGUAUGAAUGCAUCGCUUCCAAUGACAUUUCAAGCCCUGAUGUCAGGACAGUGCAAGUCGCAGUCAACUAUCCUCCCUUCAUUUCCAAAGCGAGGAGUACGGGUACUCCAGUUGGGCAAAAAGGAGUCCUGCAAUGCGAAGCCUCUGCUGUCCCGAGGGCAGAUUUUGAGUGGUACAAAGAAGACCGCAGGCUCUUCAACGGACUCAACGGGGUGAAGAUAGAGAACCAAGGCAAACAGUCCAUGCUCGUCUUUUUCAACGUCUCCGAGGAAGACUAUGGAAACUACACUUGUGUUGCCAUGAACACCAUGGGAAUCACUAAUGCCAGCAUAAUCCUUUACGGGCCCGGGGCCAUGCAUGACGUGAACGGGGCCGCCGUGUUGCCCCGUUUCUCCGCGUGCCUCCUGCUGACUGAAACCUUACUCUACCUGCUGAAGUUCUGAUGGGAAAACGUGACCGCCUUCAAGCUUCUCUCAGCGUUGAGCAGCAAGAACAGACUAUCAGUCCAAUGAGAAGAACGGAAAGUUAAGAGUGCCAGCGGUUCACCCUUAGUUUUCCUUCUUUCUCUUUUCUGGCUUUGCAUCAGAGUCUGUUCUCUGUUGGCUCGCAAAGCGUGAGAGGCGUCAAUCCGAGGAAGGGAAAAAUUUGAAUCAUGCACUAAUUUGAUGAGUUUGUGUCCCCCCCCAAAAAAACCUUUUUGUAUGUGAAAAGGGAAAAAAAAAAGAAGAAAAAUACAUGUAACUGUUGAUAGUUGACUGUUUAUUGCCCAAUAUUGAAGUGUACAUUCAGAUUAUUAUUAAUAUUAUUGUGUCAUGUACUGUUCAAUAUCUGUACAAUACCAUUAAGCUUUUUUAA